GUGGACUCUUGAGUUUCAUACACACAAAUAAAAUUAUGGUUCUUCUUCUACCAAUAACUGAAUUAUUUUCGAUUUAUUAAUCAAGUCAAUCCUUAUAGCAUUCGGUCACGACCUUAAAAGGGUAUAAAUAUGUUUUCCGUUUCAAUCAUCCUCAAGCACAUAUCAAAAACAUUCGUGUUGUCAACACACUACGUACACACUCUCCCAAGAGAGAUCUUAUCAACAUAAAUUCUCCCAGAAAUCAAAAGCACCUCAAAACAAAAAAAAAAAUGACGUCUUAUGAACAUGCUAUUGAUGAAGAAUGGGUGAAUCUGAGCUCAAUGUUCUCUUGUGAUCAAGAUUCCAGUCAUUUCGUGGGCCAUGGGUUGUUCUCAGGUGAACAUGAUCAAGGUUUUGACCAUGAAUGUCCUUCUAUUCUUUGGUCAAGUGCCAAUGAAUCUAAUAGUUCUAAUUCAUCUGUUCUUGAUGAUCAGAUUUUAAUCUAUGCUUCUGAUCAUGAUCUUAAACCUACUUUCUAUAAUUAUUUUUCUCAAGAAAGUAGCAAUGCUACAGAUUCUCUUCCCUACCCAUGCCAAGAUAUUUUCCAGUUUGAAACACCUACAAAUAAUGUGUAUCAUCAGUCUAAGGAAUUAUGUAUGAUGGAAGGUGACAGUAGCAAUUACUUGUUACUAACUAAGGUGUUUUCUGAUGAUAUAAUGGAAGAAAUACUUUGUUUGACACAAGAUGAGAACCUAGAGAAGAGUAAAAUGGACAACUCCAUUGGUCAAGCUGUGCCUAUCAAGAGGAAAUAUGAAAUGCUUGAACUUCGUCCCAAUGCUUUAGAAGAUGGAGGCGACACUGAAAAAAUUGAUAACCCCAAAAAGAAAACUCGGGUUGCAAGAGAUAAUAAAAACAAGAAGAAUUUGCCAUCAAAGAACCAGAAGAUGAUGAGUGCUACAAAUAGCAAUGAAGAUGAAACCGAAGAGAGAAAUCUAAACAAUGAAAAAAUUACAAACAAAAAUAAUGGAAAAGGGAAUAUUGAUCAAAGUUUUAGUUCUAGUUGCUCCGAAGAUGAUUCAAUUGUUUCUCAAGAUUUAAAUGAAGGACCAAUUAACUUAACUGCAAAAACAAGAGCUGGUAGAGGCGCUGCAACUGAUCCACAAAGCAUCUAUGCAAGGAAAAGAAGAGAAAGAAUUAAUGAAAGACUUAGAAUCCUUCAAAACAUUGUACCAAAUGGGACAAAGGUUGACAUUAGCACAAUGCUUGAAGAAGCAGUUCAUUAUGUGAAGUUUUUGCAGCUUCAAAUUAAGUUGCUGAGCUCCGAUGAUAUGUGGAUGUAUGCUCCAAUAGCAUAUAAUGGAAUGGAUAUGGGUCUCUACCAGAAUAUUUCACCCACCAUAUAAAAGUCACCUUUAAGAACUUUUUGUUCAUUACCUAAUUAGUUACUUCACUCAAGACACCAAAACAUAUUAUAUAAUCCGACAUGUAUUUAUAAUGUAAUUACGGAAUAUAUUUUUCUGGAUCAAGAUAUUGAUUUCAUGAGGUGUAAUGAAAUAGGAUCUUGAAUUAACUGCCCAUGUUAUUGGACAUGUGGUGGAUUAUUAAGCUAUCUCAUGAU